CAGAAGCGUGUUCUUACUGUUUUCAUCCUGCCUGGGGAAGGCGGUUUAAACAUUUAUUGGUGCGUGCCCUGGGUGAAGGCCAAGGACGUUGGGUACAGGAUGGGAGGCUGUGCAAUUCCUCCGAAUGCACCCUGCCGUGUGUGAGCCAUGAACCCGGGUCCCGCGACCUUCAGAGCUUAGGAUCGCGAGCCAUUUCGGCUGCUGGAUAACCCCUGUGUGAUUCAACAUCCUGUAAGCGAGAGUUUGGAAAGUACUAACCCACGGUACUUGACCAAGGGCUGCGUCUCUGAAUUUUCUAAGUCUUCUACACCGGGUCUUGGUAUCACUUCUCUGAGCUACACAUUUCCCCUAGGCCUCACGCCUUUUGUUCUUCCUAUCAAAACAGAAUUAAUGAUUUCUCAGAGGUGUCGUCACUCAGCAGAUAAGGAUGCAGUCUGUAGGUCGUCGGAUGGGUCCCCGAGAGCUGAGGGCUCCCUCCGUGAUCUGGGGCAAGCCGCCUGCUCUCAAAGGCGAUGUCCCCAACCGCAAAAGGGGGUUGAUAACAACGCCUAGCGGCUCGGGUGUCUGUGAGGGCGGUCCCACACGCGCACCGUUCAGAGUGCCUGGCUCAGAGCUCUCGCCUGCACCCACGCCACUCGUUGCUGUCAUGGCCAUGACUCCGGAUGAGAAGCCGGGAAGGUUGAGCCGACUGACGGUAAAUCAGCGGUUCUCGACUUGGCCGCGUGUCGGGAUCACCUGGGGGAACUCAAAAAAAAUACCCCUGCCUGGGAGAAGAGCCACCCCUGGGGGUUCCGGCUUCGUUGGUGGGGGUUGCAGUCUGGGCAUUGGAUGUAGCAAAGCUCCCAAGUGAUUCUAAUGCGCACCCAGGACUGAGAGCUACCACCCUGAACAGUUUGCAAAUGAGAUGUUCUCGCAGCUCUGGUCUAUGGCUGCACAACGUUCUUUUAGGAGAGACUGCUAGAAGGUCUUAAAGCCAACCAGAUUCCCUGUACCUUCCUUAUAAAGGUCAUGUUGAACUUGGGGGCCGUUCAAGGCUUUCCCAGCAUCUGCACUUGUCCAGGGUCCCCAAGGGUUUGGAACCUGAUAAAAGCGAGGUUCCCUGUGACGUGUGCAUGUUUCUCAUAAAGUUCUACAUGCAGAAAUUGGCUUCAGAGACAAAGAAAAGGAAACCAAACUUGUUUGAACAAAAGGAGUUUCUCUUCCUUCGAGCCACGCCAGCUUAUAAGCCUCCACAAAGCAGGGAAGGCAGCUCCUCCUUUCCCUCGCAGACACUGAUAGACUCCGUGCCUAUCAGAGUGGUUCACCGUCAAGACAAACGGCGUGCACUCCCUGGCCAGGAGUCCUAAGCCCUUAAACUACCUGCAGUCCACAUCAAAGCUCCAGGAUAUGCAGAACUUUCUUGCAGCACCCGAGCCACCACCAUGAGGACCUGCCUGAGGAGACCCAGUCGUCUGGACCAAGCUGUCCAAUGGCUCUUGCUUUUGGCCGUGUUGAUCUCCUUAUUCUUUGUCCUGCCCUCCUUCGUUAAGGAACCCGAUACGAAACCUUUCAGGCGUCAGCACGUGGAUGACGAGGAGAGAUCUUCAGGGUCGCCACACAAGUCUGCACGGCAGGCUCCCCCACGGGAAGGAAGGACAGCGGCUCCUGCAUCACCGUCCGCGCGAGGGAACAGCGUGCAGGUGCCCCCGGCCCAGGCCACAGCCCACCCUGCCAAGGGGGACAUCAGAGAAGAGACCGGUGGGGCCACCUCGGCUGGGCUGGCCCCACCGAGGGGUGGAAAGAGUAAGGACACCGUGCUGGACACGCGGCCCCCGAGGGCACGGGAUGGGGGAGUGGCCUCAGAGGCACUGUCACUGAGGAGUCAGGACGCGAGGACAACCAAAGGAAGGCAGGACCAGAAUGGGGAGCCCACGGCCACCAGGACGGUGCCCUCGAAGCCUCGGGCCAAAGCGGCCCCCACGGCAAGGACACCUGUGCCAGAAAGCCAGGCCGAGGCGCUGACCACCCCGGGAGCAGGGUCAAUGAAAGGAGGGGCCUCGGCCGUGAUGCCCCGCCGGGAGACACCCCGGGCCAAGCCACCCUCCACCCCUCUCCAGGCCCGCACCACGCAGAGAAGCCGAAGCCUGCGGGCCGCCAACUUCAAGUCUGAGCCCCGGUGGGAUUUCGAGGAACAAUACAGCUUUGACGUGGGGGCCCUACAGACGACCUGCCCCGACUCAGUGAAGGUCAAGGCCUCCAAGUCACCCUGGCUGCGGACACUCUUUCUGGCCAACCUCACCCUCUUCCUGGACUCCAGCCACUUCAACCAGAUGGUGCAGAAGGUCGUGACCCGCUUCCCUCCGGUGCCCCAGCAACAGCUGCUCCUGGCCGGUCUCCCCGCCGGGAGUUCCCAGUGCAUCACGUGCGCCGUGGUGGGCAACGGGGGCAUCUUGAACAACUCUCGCGUGGGCCAGGAGAUAGACAGCCAUGAUCACGUCUUCCGACUGAGUGGAGCGGUCACUAAGGGCUACGAACAGGAUGUGGGCACCCGGACGUCGUUUUACGGCUUCACUGCCUUCUCCCUGACCCAGUCGCUUAUGGCCUUGGACGGUCAGGGUUUCCGGCACGUGCCUCUGGGGAAGGACGUCCGCUACCUGCACUUCCUGGAAGGCACCCGAGACUAUGAGUGGCUGGAGGCGAUGUUUCUCAAUCAGAGCCUGGUGAAGACUAGCCUUUCCUGGUUCAGGCACAGGCCCCAGGUGGCUUUCCAGGGAGACCCGCCAUGGGACAGAUACUUGCUGCUGCACCCCGACUCGAUGCGGUACAUGAAAAACAGGUUCCUGAGGUCCAAGACCCUGGACACUGUGCACUGGAGAAUCUACCGCCCCACGACCGGCGCCCUCCUCCUGCUCACAGCCCUUCAGCUCUGUGACCAGGUGAGUGCCUAUGGCUUCAUCACCGAGGGCCACGAGCAAUUCUCCGAUCACUACUACGAUAAAUCCUGGAAAAAAACAGUCUUUUACAUCAACCAUGACUUCCAGUUAGAGAGAACGCUCUGGAAGCGGCUGCACGAUGAAGGUAUAAUCCGGCUGUACCAGCGUUCCGUAACUUCCAAACCAAAGAUGUGACUGGAGCCUGGACAGCAGCGGUCUCCUCGGCCUUUCCGGGGCACGGGGCAGGGUGGGGGGUUUUGAGGCCUCCUGGCAUUUUCCCAGGGCUCAGUUUGGGCUCCAAGCCCCUCCAGACACCCCCGGGGACCACUGAGGAGAGACUCCCAAGAUGGCAAAUGACUGAGGUUUUGGAGACCUCGGAACAUCGCUACGGGUUCCGUUCAAAGGGAGGAGGACUCCGGUCUGGAGACCAAGGAAUUUGAACGAAAUGGCGUGAUGACUGGUCAAUACCACAGAUCCCUGCUGAAAUUCACCCUUCACUGUCCAGAAGAUGCUUGACACGAGGGGAAGAAGCCUGAACCUACGGACGCACGUCGAGCUGGUGUUUUGCCUGAGUAGGCUUUACACCCAAUGGGCGAGGAGCCCAUUGAGGGGCUUGAACUCAUGACCCUGAGAUCAAGACAUUCACUGAGAUCGGGGCGCCCGGGUGGCUCAGUCGGUUGAGCGUCUGACUUCGGCUCAGGUCAUGAUCUCACACUCUGUGAGUUCGAGCCCCACGUCGGGCUCUGUGCUGACAGCUCAGAGCCUGGAGCCCGCUUCGGAUUCUGUGUCUCCCUCUGUGCGCCUCCCCCGCUCAUGCUCUCUCUCAAAAAUAAAUAAAAA